CGGCGUGGUGAGCGAGAACUACAAAUCCCAGGGGUGCCUCGCGGGCCGGGCCGCGCCGCCCCGCCCCGGGCAGCCGUGGGCGGGGCUGGGCGGGCGCCGUGAGUCAGUGCCCGGUAAACAUUGGCGUGAGCCGCCGGCCCCGCCGUGCUGGCGGCGCCCUGAGGGCGGCGGGGGCCGGGGCCGGGGCCAUGGACGAGCUCAAGCACCAGGUGAUGAUCAACCAGUUCGUGCUGGCGGCCGGAUGCGCCGCCGACCAGGCCAAGCAGCUGCUGCAGGCGGCCCACUGGCAGUUCGAGACUGCUCUCAGUGCUUUUUUCCAAGAAACAAACAUCCCCUACAGCCACCACCAUCAGAUGAUGUGCACUCCUGCCAACACGCCGGCCACGCCGCCCAACUUCCCCGACGCCCUCACCAUGUUCUCCCGCCUCAAGGCUUCCGAAAGCUUCAACAGCAGUAGUCCCGUGGCCUCCAUGGCGACUUCCCCGCCGCCCCCGGCCCCGCCGCUGCCCCAGCACGGGGCCUUCAACCCUGCCUGGCCCACGGCCUCGCCGCCCGGGCAGCAGCAGAGCAUGUGGACUCCGGCCACGCCGGCGCAGCCCGCGGGCUGGCCAGCCGCCGUCUCCCAGCAGGCCAGCGCAGAACAGAAGGCCAACGUGACCAUGGAGGCAGAGAGAUGAGGCCGUGGCGGAGAGCGGACGCGGCGGGGACCCCUGCGUAUAAAUAUAUAUAUAUUUUUUCUCCCCCCCUCCCCAAAGAGGAGAGGAACUCCGCUGCCAGGGCGUCUGGCAGCCGCCGAGACACAUGAGCAAAUAGCUGCCUUGCAUGGGUUUGGUUUGAAGUAGUUUUUACUUGUUCUCGAGCUGAAUGGAGCUCCCCAGAGACAGCGGGAGGCUGCGUGGGACUGGUGCUGGCCUCUGCCUGGGACCCUGACGCUGCCAGACUCUUGGGGAGGGAGCACCCCCUCCUCUCUUGGGACACCGGAGUUUGCAUGCCAGUGACAUUUAUGGAGGAGGUCCCUUCCUCAGAGUCCCCUGGGCCACCCCACCAGGCAGAGUGGGUUGUGCCUGAGUGUUUUCCCUCAUCCCUUGGCCCCGAUCAACUGGGUGGGGGGCAGACACCCCUUGAGGCUUGUUUUUUGUAAGGGGUGGAGAGGGCAAGGGCUGUUCCUGCACCAUCACAGCCUCCACCCCACACACUGUCCUCGCUGGUGAGCAGGGCUAGGGGACACCAGCCCUCAGGCAUCUGGCCCCUCGCCCAGCCCCGGAUGGGGAGCAGGGGGUGAGCACUGGUGGUCCCGCUGGGCCAGCACACCCUCCCCUCCAACCUCCCAGGAUGGGGUUUUUCCCAGGGCUGUUUUGCAUGACACAGUGUAACCCUAGAGACUGGGAUCGUUUUUAACCCCUCUGUUCUUUUCUCCCGGCGGCUGGAAGUCUCUCCGGAUGCGCCGCAGCCGCUUGCAAUACACGCUCUUCUGCUUUGAACCCCGUGUCUUUGCUUCGUUUGCAACAGUGGACGCAGGCAAAGCUGCCCUGAGCCUGGAGUGUUCCAGGAUCCCCUCUCCUGGUGACUCAGUGCAUCCCAGGAGGGCUGGCUGCAUCUCCAGCUGCUCCAAACACCCCGUUUCAGCCAUGCAGUGACUGCCAGCUGCUUUUGGCCAGGUGCAUCCAGGGCUCAGCCCCAGAAGCCCAGCUCUGCCACAUCAUCUGUGUGUGAGACCCCAGCAGGUAGGGCUGUGCUGAGUCUUCAGGAUCCCUUGUGACAUCCACAGGUCCUGGGUGUUUUGCUGUGACCUGGCUCCUAUCCCCUCUUCCUCAGGUCCCUUGGAGGUUGCUGUCCUUGCCAGACCCUUUCUCAGCAAGGCUGUGCCCCUGCACUCCCCAGUCAAUAAUUAAUUUCAGUCUCUUAUUUGUGUUGCUAAAAUAAACAAUGUAGGAGGGAUGGUU